UCGGAACCGCUGAGUGUAAAGUUUGGAGGAAUCAUGUCCACAUGCGCCCCCUUGUGGACAUUUUGCGCAACAGCAACGUGCGUCACUGAACAUAAUUGCCCGCAGCUGCCGCUCUGUAAUGUUUCGUCUGUGGCGAACACGAGUGCAAAUUCGAGUGGUGCGAUCUUACGUUUCACAUAUGCCAACGAGUCUCACUUUUGCGGGAAAGAUGCACAAUAAACACAAAGCGUUUCAUUGACACGACAAACCACGCACGGGCACACACACACACACACACCCAACGUGGAUAGCCUCAAUCGACAGCGGUUGGGGUUUCUUUUCAUGUCCUUUGGGAUGAAAUGUCGCACCCAGGACAGAAUACCCCACUCAGCUCCAAUUUAAGCGAGAGUUACCCUGUGGCCAGCCUCACUCUGGUGGUUCUGCUGCUCAUCCCCGCCGUGGUCGUGCUGCUCCUACUCAACUGUCUCUUCCUGGGCUACAAAUUGAUAGUCCUAUUCAAGGCGAGGCCGCGGCCGCAGAACCGGGAGGACGCGGACGAGAUCCUGCUGCUGGAGUCCAUGCUGCAGCGGGCCCGGACGACGCCCGACGCGGAGGGAUUCUCCACCCGGAGGCCGUACAUGUCGCUGUCCGAGCCUGUCCUGCCCCAGCCCCCGGUCACUUCCUCCAGGGCGUCUUCGUCCGGGAAGGAGCACGGGAUCUGGCUCCCGAGGGGGUCCUUGAGGGUGUCCAGCAGUAUCCGGGCGGCGGGGGCGUCCUCUCGGUUGGCGAGACCCAGCGUGGCUGAGUGGUGUCACAGCGCGCCGGUGUUGCUUCAAUCCAGCGAGUCGGAGGCCGACGACAGAGGCAACCUCGUGCCGCCAAACUCUCCCACGUGCGUUUACAAAGAAGCGGAAUGUGAGGCCGGCAUCCGUCGGUGUAGCACGUACGGGAUGCUGACCGAGCUGAGCCCGGGCGAGCUCCACCCGUUGGACCAAACCCAUGUGGAGUGCCCGUCCUACACCCACCCGCUAUCGGAGGGCUCCUGCCCCAACACGUCGGCGCUCAGCUUCGGACUGGACAGCGACUUUGGUGCCAGUGCAGGUGUGUCCUUGCGGAUUUUAUCGGCGGACAGCGACGGCUUGUCCAACGGCGUGCUGGCGUCAGCAUUGGAGUGGGACUAUUACGACCCGUGUUACGUCAACCAGAACCACGUGCCCAAACACAAACAUCACCGGCCUGCCAUGCACACCAAGCAGUACUGGGUGUAAACAUAAGUCUUGUCUGAUUUUUAAGUGUCUAUUUAUUGCUUAUUUAUUUUUGGAAUUCUAUUUAAAACUGUGGCGAUUUUUGUAGGUUUGUUUGUCUCACUUCUCACAUGGAUUUAUCUUUUCUUUUUGCAAAUAGGCUUUUUGAACGCACCGAAACUGAAUUUAUUCUAAUGUAUAUUUAACUUGCACCGUAGAAAAGAUGAUUAUGUUCACUCGACGCGUGUCACGUCUUUAAAUUCUGCCACAUUCGCUCACAAUUGCACCAUGUUUACCGAUAUUGUUUGAUUCACCAAUAAAUGUUGAUUAAAAAAAAAAUGCAGUCUGUAGUGUGAAUAAAGAUGUCAUUUCUUGCUACUUUGAAAACAUGUU